AAGAGAGCAGAAAGAGCAGAGAAAAAGGGGGAGAAGAGAGAGGUGAGAGCAGAGAGCAGAGAGAGCAGUGUGUAACUGGUGGUCCAGCAGAGAGAACAGUGUGUAACUGGUGGUCCAGCAGAGAGAACAGUGUGUAACUGGUGGUCCAGCAGAGAGAGAGAGUAGUGUGUAACUGGUGGUCCAGCAGAGAGAACAGUGUGUAACUGGUGGUCCAGCAGAGAGAACAGUGUGUAACUGGUGGUCCAGCAGAGAGAACAGUGUGUAACUGGUGGUCCAGCAGAGAGAACAGUGUGUAACUGGUGGUCCAGCAGAGAGGACGUAUUGCGAGGAGACAUCAUGAGGUCGUCAUGGAUACAUGAGACACUUGUGCUGAUACUGGCUCUCCUGCUCACACACACCGCCUCGCCUGCCACCCAGGAGCAGAGCAGGGUCCCGAACCUUCCCCCACGGGAGGUUCCCACCCAGGUCCCCACCCAGGCCCCCACCCAGGCCUCCCUGCCCCGCCAGGACAGCGUGGUGGGCCCCCCCCUGUGCCUGGGCAGGAACCUGACCCGACACACCUGCAGCCACACCCUCUGCCCACCAUGGGAACGCUGCCUGAGGGGCAUGUGUGUGUGUAAGAUACCGUACCAGUGUCCAUCGGAGGGGCAGGCGUUUGUGUGUGGUCUGAACGGGAGGCGCUAUGCCUCUUACUGCCAGGUGAUGGCAGUCUCCUGUACCAGCAAGAAGCCCUUCAUGUCCCACUUUGGAAAGAAGUGUACCGAGAGCCAGGUGUUCAGCUCGUCCCUGGGCCAGCAGGGCCUGGUGGGACUGGACCUUCCUGGCUCUGGAGCCCUGCUGGUGUGUGAGGAAGGCUGGAACACAGCUGCUGCCAACGUCAUCUGUAGAGACCAGGGGGGGGACCAGCUGGGUGCUCAUCUUGCAGGGUCUGAGAGUUAUGACUCCGUCUCCAUGGACGACAAGCCGGACCAGUGCCUCAGGGUGCGUUGCCAGGGUUACGAGAACUCCCUCGCCGAGUGUUCCUUCUCCGGCCUGAAGACUGUCGGCCCCAGGGACAAGGUUGCCACGGCGACCUGCUACAGUCAGACGAAAGAGGAGGCGUGUGCAGGGUUCCUCUGUGUGAACAGGAAGUGUGUUGAGACAGAAAGGACGUGUGACGGGGUGGACGACUGUGGAGACCUCAGCGAUGAGAUGUGCUGCCAACAGUGCAGAGGCGAUGCGUUCCGCUGCCCGUCAGGUGUGUGUGUGUCCAGGGAGGCAGUGGCAGACGGCGUGCAGGACUGUCUGGACGGAGCGGACGAGUCCCAUCAGGACACCAGCGUCGUUGAAAAAAAGUUCAUAUCUCCCAGGAAGGAAAUCCAGAUUGCGAAGCGGACCUUGAUGACCCUGCAGUGCGGCCGGCCCAACCUCACGAUGGUGACCCAGGAGGAGGACUCCAGGACCAGACACAAACGGGUCGUGGGAGGAGUCCCAGCCAAGCCAACCCAAAUCCAGUGGCAGGUGGCCAUCCAGGACAAUGGCAAAGAGGACUGUGGAGGAGCAUACCUGGGAGGGUGCUGGGUCCUCACUGCUGCUCACUGUGUCAGGCCUAGACCCAAUAACUUCAUGGUGAAAUUCUCUGUGUGGAAGAAGAGAUCCCCUCAGGGAACCACAGACAUCGUCCCUGUCAAGGAGAUCCACAUCCACUACAAGUUUGACUCUGGGACCUAUGAGAACGACAUAGCGCUGAUAGAGCUGAAGAAGCUUCCGUUUGAGGAGAGGUGUCUGGACGAGAACCCUGCGGUGAGCGCUGUGUGUGUCCCCUGGACCCAGCAGCUGUUCCAGCCAAACCACACCUGCAGCAUCUCUGGCUGGGGCCGAGACAAAGAGGGAAACUCAGCUAAUGAGCUGCUGUGGGCUAAUGUGUCCCUGAUUCCUGACUGUGAGAAAUACUACAAGGAUCGCUUCAAACCUGGGAUGAUGUGUGCAGGGGACCUGGAUGGGAACGUGGACUCCUGUCAGGGGGACUCCGGGGGCCCCCUGGUGUGUGAGGACCCUCUGGGAGUGUCCUACCUGUGGGGCAUCGUCUCCUGGGGGGAGAAGUGUGGAGCAGUCGGCUACCCUGGGGUCUACACAGAGGUGGCUCAUUACUUUGAGUGGAUAAGAGGGAUCACUGGCUGGGAUGCCAUCACCAGACACCUCUAGAGGAGGGGGGAGGAGCCAUGAGGGGGAGGAGCCAUGAGGGGGAGGAGC